AUUUUUAUUUAAUUGCUUAUCAAGUUCAAAGAACAAUGCUGAAUAAUUAAUAUUUUCAAUAGCAACCCUGAACAACCGAAGUUUGCAAGAAAGACAGGAACAAAGUUUGACAGUCUUAUUUGACUUAUUUCUACUAUUUAUCUUUUGAUUUGAUUGUCAUAAGUCAUAACAACAACAACAAAUCGUAGAGGAUUUCAAAUAUUGAAAUUGUUUUUCAAAUAGACUUGAAUGUAGGAUAGGUUGGGUUUGAUCGCCUGCCUUGUAUCACUCUCAGGAGGCCUUUGCUUUGGCUAGGUAAAGUUGUAGGUACGCUUAAUUCAUAAAAUAAUGACAAUCCAACAAUACAUCCUGCAAAAUGUAUUUAGCGGUAAAACAGGAAUCUGUUCCUUGUGCUUUAAUGCCACAGAAGAUGUUGAAGGAACUCAGUUUCAUGUUACAGAUGAAAUAUUAAUGGAAGACGGAAGUAAUGUUAUGAUGUAUGAAAUAAUAUCUUCUGUUUUAGGUGAUCAGGUAUUAUACAGCAUCACUACUGCUAUAAUAAUUUGUAAGAAUUGUUUGAAAACAUUAAUAAACUGUUACAAAUUCAUUCAGCUGUGUAAAAAUAAUAUUAAAGUGUUGGAAUGUAAGCUAAACUCCUUUCAGAAACACAUUGAAAGUGUAAUGAAAGUAAACCGUGACUAUAAGUCACUAUUCAUUGCAGUAAAUAAUAAUAAUUCCAGUUCAGAACUGUAUUAUGAUAAACACAGACAUAGUAAUGACAAGACUAUGUUAUGUAAGAGAUUUGAAAGACUCAAAAAAGAUUCUCUGAAUGUCUUAAUUGAGUUUGAAGAAGAACUGCCCUGUGAUAAAAUAAAAAUAAAUAAAGAACAACAAAACACUGCUUUACAAUCUGUAAAAGUAAACGACAUAACAGUUGAUACAAAUGAUCUCAAUAAUCUCAAAUGCAACAUAUGCUUAAAACCGUUUCCAUCAGCUUUAAAAUUAAAAAUGCAUUAUCAAAGUGUACAUGGACCCAGAGAUUAUAAAUGUUCCGAGUGUCCAAAAGAGUUCACGCUACUGUCUAAGUUGAAUCAACAUAAACAAUCUUGCCACCAUAAUGUCAUGUGCAGCCAAUGCGGAAAAACAUUUAACAACUACUUCACACUCCGAUACCAUGAACAAAGUCACAAGUUGAAACUAAUUUGUGAAACAUGCGGCAAGACUUAUAAAAGUAAACAAGGAUUCAAUAAUCAUAUUAAAUACAAAUUGUGUAAUGAAAAGAGAAAAUUGAAUUCGGAAUCAAAGUUCAUCUGUGACUAUUGUAAGAAAAAGUAUGCAAGCAAAUGUACACUAAGCAAGCAUAUAAGUGUCGAACAUGAAAAUGGUAAAAGCUUUUCAUGUAGUUGGUGUGAUAAGAAAUUUGGUUGUGAAAGUAGUUUAGCGAGUCAUAUCGUAAAGCAUACAAAGAAGAAAGAUUUUGUUUGCGAUAUAUGUGAAGGUAAAUUUGUCAGUAAGGCGUCAUUAUUGUACCACAGCAGAAGACAUACAGGGGAGAAACCAUACAAAUGUGAACAUUGUGACAAAACAUUUGUUGCACCAUCUCUUCGGACUCAACAUGUAAAUUCGUGUCAUUCAGAGCCUAGCUUGGAAUGUGAUAUUUGCCAUAGCAGAUUCAGGACUAAAAUAGGUUUAAAUAAACACAUAUUACGACAUACUGAUGUUAAAAGCAAGAUAUCAAAGAAACAUUGUAGCCUUCCUGUUUCACUUAUUUGAUUCUGGAACUUUUUAAACUUAAUUUUCAAUAAAGACAUGAAAAGACUGAUGACUGUUGAUGAAGCGAAAGAAGUGUGUAAGAACCGUGGCAAUUGGCGUUCCAUUGUCUCUGCCUACCCCCAUGGGAGACAGGCGUGAGGUUAUGUAUGUAUGUAUGUAUGUAAUUUUCAAUACUUAACAAUAAAUAAAAUGUUUUACUGAAAACAGAUUUUAUUUUAUUUU